UGGCGUUUCUUUCUUUCACUCGGAUUCGUCCAGAACCGAAAGGCAAAAGAACUGCAAUUCUUCCACUGCCAAUUUUCAGUCUGAAAAAUCCCAUUUGUUUUCCUUCCAGCUUUCUGCAGAUUCUUCAGUAAAAUCCAAAUGUACCCAUCUCAGUACCAUUGGAUUGAAUUUUCCCGUCAGCCAGUUAAUGGAAAAAGAUAUUUCCUUGCAUUUCUUUGACAGGACAUAAUGAACAAUCCUUUCAAUGGUAUUUGCCACGUUAUUCUGCUGAAAUGAAACACAAGAGUAGGAAUAUAGCUCGUGGACUCUUGGAUGUACUUGAAGUAGUAUAUUGACUUUCCAUGAAGAUGACAACACUAUCUUUAGCAUCUGGAAACGUUGUAAACAAAGAUUGCUGGUUGGAGUUUCCUUGUCUGUACUUUGUAGAAGGUCCUUUGGCUGGUAAACUCCUUAGAAGUUCAUAUAGAAGAGGGUUGGAUGAUCCAAAAUUUCCCCGGAUUAAGAGCAGGAACAAAUUUUGUGUCACUGCAAAGGUUAAAAAGUGGAGGAAGCAUGAUUAUCCUUGGCCAGAUGAUAUGGAUCCAGACGUUAAAAGUGGGCAUUUGACUUAUCUGUCUUACUUCAAGCCUCUGACAGAGAAACCAAAACCCGUCACACUUCCAUUUGAGAAGCCUCUGGUUGAUUUAGAGAAAAAGAUCAUUGAGAUUCGUAAUUUGGCUGAUGAAACCGGUUUAGAUUUCAGUGAUCAAAUUGGUACACUCGAGAACAAGUAUCAGAUGGCUCUUAAAGAUUUGUACACACAUUUGACGCCAAUUCAGCGAUUAUCAAUUGCACGACAUCCCAACAGACCAACAGUUCUUGAUCAUAUAUUAAACAUCACAGAAAAGUGGGUAGAACUCCAUGGAGAUCGUGCUGGGUAUGAUGAUCCAGCUAUUGUUACUGGCAUUGGGAGCAUUGAAGGUAAAAGCUAUAUGUGUAUAGGACAUCAGAAAGGUAGGAACACCAAGGAGAACAUUGCUCGCAACUUUGCAAUGCCAACACCUCAUGGCUAUCGGAAGGCUUUACGGAUGAUGAAAUAUGCUGAUCAUCAUGGUUUGCCUAUCCUUACUUUUGUUGACACUCCUGGGGCAUUUGCUGAUCUAAAGUCUGAGGAACUUGGACAAGGUGAGGCAAUAGCCCAUAACCUGAGGACCAUGUUUGGUCUAAAGGUUCCCAUUGUAACAGUGGUAACUGGUGAAGGUGGUUCAGGAGGAGCUCUUGCUAUUGCUUGUUCAAAUAAAAUGUUCAUGAUGGAGAAUUCUGCUUUCUAUGUUGCAAGUCCUGAAGCCUGUGCUGCAAUAUUGUGGAAAUCCUCCCAAGCAGCUCCUAAGGCUGCAGAGAAAUUGAGGAUCACCGCUCAAGAGCAUUAUAGGCUCAAAAUUGCUGAUGGUAUCAUCCCUGAGCCUCUUGGUGGUGCACAUGCUGAUCCUGUAUGGUCCUCCCAACAAAUUAAAUCUGCAAUAAUCCAGGCAAUGGAGGAAUUGUCGAGCAUGAGUACGGAAGAGUUGCUCCACCACAGAAUGCUCAAAUACCGACACAUUGGCGGUUUUCAAGAAGGUGUUCCCAUUGAUCCACAGAGAAAACGCAAGAUGAAGCCAUCUCAAACCAGCCUGCCAAAGGCUGAUGACAUAGAAUCAGAACUUGAGGAUCUAAAGAAGAAGAUUCUAAAAGUCAAAGGCCCAUCUGAUCCAAUCACAGUCCAAACAAUUGAGAAACUGAAGCAAGAUGUUGACAAAGAGAUAACCAAUGCAUUCAUCUCCAUGGGCUUAAUAGAGAAGCUUGAAUCACUCAAGCUAGAACUCUCCAAAGCUCCAAAUGGAUCUCCUAAUCAACCACUCAGCAGAAACCUGAAGGAAAAAGUAGACAAAAUCAUGCAAGAAUUCAAACAGAACUUAUCAAAGCCUGGUUCCUACCUGGAUUUGAAACAGAAGCUUGAAAAACUUGACAUGGUUAACAAUCUCAUUGAGCAAAAGAAGAAAAGUGAAGAACUCAAAACAGAGAUCAACAACAAAAUCCCAUCCGAGACAAAAGCAAAACUGAAACAGUUGAAGGAUACUUGGGACAAUAUCAUCUCUAAUGGAGCGUCAAUAGACAAAGACCUCAUAGAAGAACUCGAAAGAGUCAAGGCAGAGCUUGUUAAUGUCUUAAAGACAGCAAAUUUAGAAGUCAUUGCAGUGGUGAAAAAGAGUGCAACCGCACCAUCAGCGGAGGUGAAAGAAAAGGUGCAGCGUUUGAAAGAGGAGAUCAAUGGAGAGAUUGAGAGGGCCAUAGUAAUGGAGGGGAUUGGUGGGAAGAUUGAGGAAUUGAAAGCGAAAAUGGCGGAUGGGUUGAAUCUGAAAGAGGUUGAGAAGGUGGAAGCUGAGAUAAAAGAGAAGAUUUUUGAAGCUUUGGAGGCAUCUGGCUUGAAAGAGAAAGUGGAGAAUCUGAAAAUGGAGGUGGCGUCGACCAUGGCGGCUGGUGCAGAAGGUAUGGUUGGUGUUGAUAAUGGCAGGUUUUAGUUAAAUGCAUAAUAUAAUGGCUUUAUAUCUUGAGAGCGUGGGAAAUAUCAAUUAUUGAGGCUUUAUUUUUCAAUUGUAAUAAAACGUUUCUUUAGUUGAGACACACCGAGAUGGAUGGAGGUUGUAAUGUUCAUAUGAUUUCUAAUCAUACUCACAAUCAUAUUAAAAACAUCUUUAAAUACUA